AUGUCCAUGAUUGACGAAAAGCCUGCUCUUGCACCAAACGGCACUUGCACGAUUUGCUUCGCGAUAGGUCAGCCAAGGCGCAGUGUUGAUCCCAAAUCCAGUGGCUCACAAUUAGACCCAUUCCAAGCAAAGAAGUUGUUUUCGCAUUCUGUUGUGACUUCCAGUUGCGACCUUGUGUGCGGUGGUAUGGCACGAGGAGUCAAAAAGCUGCCGAAAGCAAACAGAAGCUCAACCACUACCUCGAAUACGGCUGCCACAAUCCCAAGCACAUCUACUCCGUCUCUUCCUGCCCCAUUCGUUCCAGCACCUGUAGCGCUGCUUGCUUUGACGAACACUCUACCUCGAAACCAUGUCUUUCUUGUUCAUCCUGAAUCCAGCUUGCCGGGAUUGAGAAAAAGAUUGUUUCUCGUGCCUGUAUUGCUCAAUAUAGUAAUCGUGGCUGGUUUGUGCUGGCGUUUGUACUAUGCUGUGCCUGUCUACCUCGAACAAAUCAGCACAAUUCUCGGAUAUCAAACUCCUUACUCGGUCAAGCCCAAGGCUCUAAGCUGGUCCGUCCUCUUCGAGAUCAUCGCAUACAGGACGUUCUACUUGACCAUAGACUACGCGCUCUUUGGGUUGCUCGGACGAUGGCCAUGGGAAUUUCUGUUCGGAGACAGGUAUGGGCGCCAUACUAGUGCUUUCCACUGGAAAUGGAGCGUAGGCUUCAACCGUGAGAAAGAACCGAUUGUUCGCAGAGCAAGACGGUGGGACGCAUCCAUUUACCAAAGCGAAAUCGAACGAAAGCAUCAGGGAAAGCCAGAGAAGGAAUGGACAAAGGAAGAGGAGUUGGCUGUCUAUACAAAAUGCUCGGAUGCAUUGAGACAAUUUGUUACGAUGAAGAAUGCAUUGUCUCUUUUGGACAAGGAUUGGGACCUCGACUACCGGGCUAUGGUUGACACGGCCGAGCUCAUAGAUGCUGCAAAGCUUACCUGGCCUGAUCUCGAUCAUGUCGUUCUGGUUCCAUGGCAGGGCAAGUGGUAUUCGUGGUAUCCUCAUGGUGUAUCGACCGCAAUUUCAAGUGGUCAGCCAGCUAAGAAGCAAGAUGAGAAGCUUGAGGAAUUCAAGAAAGCGUUAAUUGAGCUCAAAUGUGAGGACAUCUUCUAUAGGUGGAUCGAGAUCGUACAAUUCGAGACCUCUCAGCCUGCUGGCCUCACGCCUAACAAAAAGAUGGAGAUGGAACAAGAGCUGAAGAAUAUGCUAGAAGCACGAAACAAAGAUUUUGCAAGCUUUUUGCAGGUGAUUGGUGGCCUAUCGAGUGUCCCUGGUUUAGGGAUUGGCGGGUGA